UCGGACUUUUGGUCUCAUUAGGCAUGAAAGAAAACGAACCUUGUAAUAUAGUUUGUUGCAAUAUAUAUCACAGACCUGAAUUUCUUCCUUCAUUUCUUGUCAAAGGACCAGUCGCUGAAGUUCUUCUUGCUGCUUUCUGUCGCCUUUUUGUCAAGUCUCCUUGUGCAUCCCGUAUCAACAGAAAACGGACCCAUCCAGACUGAAAAUGGCCCAAAAAGUUACCCUCAUUACAGGAUGCUCCACUGGCAUAGGACUCACUAUAGCAGCAAAACUCGGCAAGGAUGCAGCGAAAAAAUAUUUGGUUUAUUCAACCAUGAGAAACCUGGGUAAAAAGGAUGAACUUGAGGCUGCCUCAGGUGACGCCCUCAACGACACGAUGAUUAUUCGUCCUCUCGAUGUCGUCAGUGACGACUCGGUAAAGAAAUGCGUCGAUGAAAUCAUCAAAGAACAUGGUCGAAUUGACGUUGUCAUUAACAAUGCUGGUGUCGCCUCAUUCAACCCGAUCGAGUACGCACCAAUGUCAGACGUUCGGGACGUGAUGGAAACAAACUUCUUCGGCGUUGUCCGCAUGAUGCAGAACGUACUACCCUACAUGAAGGAACAGCGCUCGGGACAUAUUAUCAAUGUUAGCUCCAUUGCUGGUGUCCUAGCUCACCCGUUUUAUGAGACGUACUGUGCUUCCAAGCACGCAAUGGAAGCGCUUACAGAAGCAGUGGCUUUUAGGAUGAAAGAAUUUGACGUCAGACUAACAUCUGUAGUACCAGGUCCCAUUGCUACAAACAUAAACGCAAACAUUGUGGAAGGGAACCGACUUCCGCCAAGACAAAAGAUCGACCCUAUCACCAGAGAACAACUCCAAUAUCUAGCUGCACAUCAGAAACAUCACUUUUCGAAUGAAGUCCAGCCUGUGGAGGAGGUUGCAGAGAUCGUUCAGAAGAUCAUUGAGAUGGACCUUUCUAACGGGCCGGUUCGGUUUCAAACCAGCGACUAUGUACGAGAGAGAGCAGACAUGAAAUAUUCGGAUUUCGGAGCUGUCACGUGGAUGAAACAUAUUCGGAAAGUCAUCAGUGAGCCGGUCGAUUCCGAAUCGAAGCCGAAGCAAGAUGAAUCCAUGGUCUAAUAUGGAU